AUGACGGUCCCGAAAUACAGCGAUAGUUCUGAAACAUCAAAUGUCUAUGAUGGCGGACACCAGAAUAAAACACCGAGUAAACUGAACUCUUUCCUGUGGCGCUUGCAAGGUGACACCCCAUCCUAUUUAUUCGGAACCAUCCAUGUUCCUUACACCAAAGUCUGGGACUUCAUUCCCGACAACACAAAAAAGGCAUUCAAACAGGCAGACUAUGUCUUCUUCGAACUGGACCUUACUGAUCCCUACACAAUUUCAGCCCUAGCAAAAUGCCAACUGCUGCCCCACGGGGAGAACCUUUCCAAUGUUCUGCCCCGAGAUAUUUACCAAAGACUGAAAAAGCAUUUGGAUUACAUCAAGUUUAUGAUGCCCGAAUGGCUGACGGACGACCAGAAGGGCCGGGGCCUCUACGCGGAUUAUUUAUUCAAUGCCAUUGCGGGCAACUGGGAACGAAAGAGACCCGUUUGGAUAAUGCUUAUGGUGAACUCUUUGACUGAGAGUGAUAUCAAGGCCCGGGGUGUGCCUGUCUUGGAUCUGUACCUGGCACAGGAAGCCGAACGACUCAAUAAAAUCAAUGGUGCCGUGGAGAAAGUUGAAGAACAGUGUGUGCCACUUAACGAGCUUAAUUUUUCUCAGGUGUUAUUUGCCCUGAACCAAACUCUGCGUCAACAUGAGACUUACCGCAAGAACAAGGUCGCCAUGCCCUACACCACUGACCACUUGGUGCAGCAGUAUAACUGCGGUGACCUCAACUCCAUCAUAUUCAACCAGGACACGUCGCAGUUCCCCAGCCUGGUCAAUGCAUCUUUGCCUCCGCAUGAGCUGCAAACAGCCAAGACCAUCGACAGCUACUUCCGCAAUGAGCUCAUACACAAACGGAACGAGAGGAUGGCCACACGGGUGGUCGAUUUAAUACAGACGCACCCGAAACAGAGUUUCUUCUUUGCCUUUGGUGCAGGUCACUUUAUGGGCAAUCAUACCGUCAUUGAUCAUUUACGAAAAGCUGGCUUCGUAAUUGAACACACGUCUCCGGAGUAUCUAAUACCUGAAAACCCAGGGAAAAGGACAAGGAAGAACAGGCGGAGGAAGAAAAUCCAUUUUGCAGAGACGAAGGAUUCCAAAUCGGCAAACGGCGCCGGAAGAGACCAAAUGCAUUAUUUCCUACGGAACAGACAACGAAACAACAAAAACCGCCACCAACAACAACAACACCAACAUGAAGUAAAGAGGAAAAACCUGAGCAGACAAGAGAAAAUCAGGUUUAAUGACCUUUGGAUCAGAAUUAAUACUCAGAAUCCCAACGGAAUGCUGCUGCCCCACAUUGCCAACCUUGAUGCAAUCUGGACGACCACUGAACCCAGCCGGAACACACGACACCAACACAACAGCAACAGCAACAACAACAACAACAACCAGCAAUAUCAGCAACAGAAGUUAGCUUACAACUCGGCAGAUGGCAGCACUGUUACUGGUGUCAGCACCAUGUUGUUGUCAUGGCGAUUAUUCUUUGUCCUAACCAGCUCUAUAUCAGUUGGGGUCUGCCAGUUACUGGCUUGAAGGGUCAUAGGAAAAUACGACCCUUAAACAAAAAAGGACCAUUUUAAAAUCCUUUAGAACAAUAUUGUUCUUUUUUCUUUCCCCUAAUAUUUACUGUCCCUUUUACCGCAAAUUGUUAUGGUUUAUUAUCACUGUAUAACAAAGACCCUUAUAUCUUAAACCCUACAAAUUUAUUAUAUUCUAAAACAGUGUCUCCCAACUUCACUGUAUAACAUGGACCCCUAAACAUUAAACUUCUACUUUAUUAUAUUCUAAA